UAUCUCUGCAGCUCCCAGGCUGCCACUGUAUACCGAAACACGCUUCCUUCCCCUCCAAACCCCGAAACGACUACAAAUAAAUACCUGCACUUCUCUCAUCCCAUUCCCCACUCAAAAACUCUCCUCUUCUUCUUCCUCCUCCAAUCAAUCCCAAUGGUUCAUCGCCGCUCAGACUCCUCUGAGUCCAACCACCUCCUCCCCCUCGUCCACUCCGAUCCCAAAAAGCCCAAAUCGGCCCAUCAUCUCCUCCUCCUCCUCCUCUUCCUCUUCUCCGUUCUCUCUUUCACCUUCCUACGCGUUCCAACCGGCAACAUCAGCGACGAUGCCCUCGGCGCAGAUUCAUCCCCCGCCCCCUGCUCUACAGUCGCCAACAGCACCAUCUGCUGCGACCGCACCGCGAAGCGCACCGACGUGUGCUACAUGCGCGGCGACGUGCGCACGGAGGCGAGCUCUUCCUCCGUCUUUCUUUUCAACUCCAACACCACACGGCAGGAGAGGAUAAGACCCUACACUCGCAAAUGGGAGGCCGACACCAUGAGCAGGAUCGACGAGCUCCGCCUUCGCCCGACCAACGAAACCGGCUCGGCUUGCGACGUGGUCCACGACGUCCCGGCGGUGUUCUUCUCGACCGGUGGGUACACCGGGAAUGUCUACCACGAGUUCAACGAUGGGAUAAUCCCUCUCUAUGUAACUUCGCAGAAGUUCAAUAGGAAAGUCGUGUUCGUGAUAUUGGAGUAUCACGACUGGUGGGUAAGCAAGUACGCGAACAUCCUCUCCAGGCUCUCCGAUUUCGACCCCAUCGACUUCGGCAGCGAUAAGAGGGUACACUGCUUCCCUGAGGCCAUAGUAGGCCUCAAGAUUCACGACGAGCUCGCCAUCGAUUCGACCAAGAUGGAGAACAAUAAGACUAUUCGAGACUUUCGAAACCUGCUCGAUGAGUCUUACAAGCCAAGAAUCGAGCACAUCAAACAAGAAGAAGGAGGUGCAGAUAACAAGCAGCAACGGAUACGGACACCCGAUUCACGGCCCAGACUCGUGGUCGUGUCACGAAACGGGUCGAGAGGGAUCGAGAACGAGCCCGAAUUGGUGAACCUGGCGGCCAAAAUCGGGUUCAGGGUCGAAGUCCUCCGCCCUGACAGAACGACUGAGCUCGCCAAGAUAUACCGAUCGCUGAACUCCUCUGACGUGAUGAUUGGAGUUCACGGGGCCGCGAUGACGCACCUCUUGUUCAUGAGACCCGCGGGUGAAGCUCGCAGAAUUGAUCGAAAAGAUUUUUUCCCAUUCCAUGCAAGUAGUAUUGUACUCCAGUACCAGUACGUGGCCAAAAAUUAUGCCAAGCAUUCUGCUUUAAUAUCUACAUUUGGACUUGUAGAGAAUCACAAUAAAUUGUUGAUGAGAAAUCACAAUGUUAGACUAGUUGGCUAA